AUGUCGUCAUUGUCAGGCAGCGGGGACAAGAAUAAAACUGACGAUAAUUCAAGCCCUUUGACUAAUCAGAACCUAACAGUGAAAUCAUUCAGACAAGGUGCUGAUAAACAGGAGAAUCUUUUUGCUAGUGGAAACUUUUCUGCAAAAUAUGUGGUAAACAAGGACCGAAUAUCAGCACCUCUAAGAAGUUCAAGCGAUGCAUUGGAUAUGACUGAAUCAGGAAAGGAAAUCGAUACAAAGCGGAGGAGUACACAAGUUGAUGUAAAAAAUUCACAUCCACUAACAAUUGCUGGUGGAUUUAAAGAGGUAUAUUCUGUUCCAGGAAGUGUGAGUUCGGGAGCACAUAUCACAUCCAUUAAGAAUAAGGACGUAAAUGUAGGAAUAAAGUUGAAAGGAACAGAAUGGGAUCGGAGAGGAAGUAAAGUGAGCCAUCAUAGUCUUCUAAGCAGUCAGAUAUCAAACUCAUUAACAAAUGAAAGAGAUGAGAAAGGUGAAACAGUGAGUUCAAGUUUCCAAACAUUCGAUACCCAAUCAAUAAAUCACGGCUCUCUGGUAGACCCCAGAUUGCUCAAAUCGGUGGAGAGCCAUUUGGUACAGCAGUCUGAGAUAUCAAAGCAAAGCGCUAAUCAGAAAAAGGGUGAUACAGAAUCUCCAAAACCGGAACCACAAUUUGACUCACUCCAGCUGAAAGGUGGUGAUGUUACUCGUGGAAUAUAUAAGUGGGUGAACAAUCAAAAAAAAGCACAGGCUCUUCGUCGAGUGGUUAGUUCUGGAAGUACUAUUAGUGGUGCCAAUCCCCUUGAGGGCACAACUCAGGAAUCACCUUUGCGGAAUGAUGAUCACAUGUCAGUGAAGGAUAUGCUUGUUCCAGGGGGGUUUAGAAGGAGCUUUACAAGCGAGCGUAGAAGACAGAGAUACAGACCACGUGAACAUAGAAAGAAACAGGACUUUUUGACCAGAAAUUUUUUUGAAUUUCUUGCUAUGUAUGGACAUUUUGCAGGUGAAGACCUUGAGGACGAGGAAAGUGAAGAUCAACAGGAAAAACACAUUCAUAGAAGGCCGAUAGAUCAGACAGGCCAGCAAGACUACAGUUCUGUAAGUGGAGAGAGCUCGGAUGAAACAACAUCAUUAAGCAGCUAUGAGCAAGCUCUCGCUAGCGACAAUGAGCAAGCGUUAGAUGAGAAUUCAUCCGUAAACCCUAACGAGAUAACACCAUUAGGUUCGCCUUCACACUUCUAUACAUCAGCAAUUGCAACCGUUCGUCGUGGAAGAGCAUCAUCUCCUUCAUUGGGAACAUCGGGUAAAAUUCCCGGUGCCAUUGUUCGUACGGAUUCUGUGAACAAAGCAAUGGGGAUAACGCCAAAGAGGAAACAUCACAGACGCAAUCAUAUGAAAUUGAAGACGUUAUCCGAGAAGAAAGGAGGAAAAACCAGCACGGCAAAGUCAUUUCUUCUCCUUUUAAAAGCAUUCAUUGGUACUGGUGUGGUUUUCCUACCGAAAUCGUACUCGAAUGGUGGACUCUUGUUUUGCAAUCUUUUAAUACUUGCAUUCUCUGUUGUCUCAUAUUACUGCUUCGUUAUCUUAAUCAAUAUUACUCGUACUGUGGGAGUUAAGGGCUAUGGUGAAGCUGGAAAGAAGAUUUUUGGACCUCGAUGCCAACUUUUAAUUUUGAUUUCAAUUGCAUUGUCUCAGGUGGGAUUCGCUAGUACAUAUACUGUAUUUGUCGCGGAGAACCUCAAAUAUUUGGCAGACACGUUGGGGAAUGGCACAUAUGGCAUAGGUCUAUUUAUUGCUCUUCAAGCACUUAUUUUCAUACCCAUCUCCUUUACAAGGAAAAUCGGAAAAUUAGGAGUGACUGCGCUUAUUGCUGAUCUCUUCAUAUUUCUUGGGUUACUGUACAUCUACUUUGAAUCAUCUUAUCACCUUGCAGUGAAUGGUAUUGCUGAAACAUCAUUAUUUAAACCAGAUACUUGGCCGGUUUUCAUAGGCACGGCUGUUUUUGCAUAUGAGGGAAUCGGAUUAUUAAUACCAAUCCAGGAGUCGAUGAGCCAUCCGGAGAAGUUUGACAGUAUAUUGUUUGCUGUGAUAGUGAUUACCACAAUAGUUUUUGUGACGUUACCAUCUUUGGCAUAUUUGAGCUUUGGUGAGAAAGUUAAAACAGUGAUUCUAAUGAACUUCAGGCAGAACGCUGCUUCAUUUACCAUACAGCUUCUUUAUACAAUUGCAAUAUUGCUUUCUGCUCCAAUUCAACUAUUUCCAGCUAUCAAAAUUGUUGAGAGGUAUCUGUUUCAUAAAGAUAGAAAGAAAUGGACGAAGAAAAUUCGCAGGGAGUCAGAGGCUCUAUCUUCGUUAAUAAACACAAAUCCACAAUCAUAUGAAUCUGUCAUAUCUCCCGAAACAGAAUACCGUGAUAUUUCACCAACUAGAACUCCACCGACGGCUGAAUCGGCCGCUCAUUAUGUGAAGCACAUUGUUAACGAUGAAGGCCUUAUUUCGGGAAAGGUUAGUAACAAGAUCAAAUGGCUAAAAAAUAUAUUACGAUUGUUCAUGGUCAUAAUGACCUGUUUGAUUGCAUAUCUUGGAUCUUCAAAUCUUGAUCGAUUUGUUUCUCUUAUUGGAAGCUUCACAUGCGUCCCUCUAAUUUACGUUUAUCCAUCAAUGCUCUACCUCAAAUGCUUCAGAAAAAUAGGCCUGAUCAGUCAAAUAACAAACUAUACAAUAAUAAUCACUGGGGUUAUUAUGAUGAUAUACACUACUUAUCAGACAUUAUCUAACUGGUGA